UCACAUGCGGGGCUGGAGGUGAGCAGUGGGGUACAGGAUUUAGCUCCCAGCUAAAAAGAACUUGCUUCCUUAUCCUUCACCUUUUCCGAGAAGCCGCCAGCAUUUUCAGCCGCCAAUUCUUCCUGGCAGGUCGACCCAGGGGUCCUCCCUCUACCGGCAAACUUUCGCAGGCCGGUGUAAGCGGUUCCCUGCACGCAGAGCGGAUGCAGGCCCCAGGGCUGAGCAGAAGGGGGCUGGCCUUCGCCACAGCUUCGCUCCCACGCGAGCCCCAGCAGCUCUGGCUACAAAGGGCCGCCGGAAGGGCGAGCCGGCCGGCGCCUCCAAGGGUUGGACUCCUGGCCAGAUGGGCGGGACUCAGGCUGCAAUAUAAGGGGGAGCGCCCCUGUCCCGGCUACAGUGCUGAAGCUGGAGCGUCAGCAGGCACCAGAAAGCAACUUGAAACUCACGAACCAGAGGGACUGAAAAAGAGGCAAAGGAACGCUUCUUCCCGCCACUCCCAGCCCCAGCCUCGGAGGAUGCGGCUCCUCGGGAAACUGCGCGCCUCGGCGGCGAGCAACGCGCCUCUGGAGCCUGCCUUCUCCAAUGUGCUCACCCCGAACCGCAUCCCCGAGUUCUUCAUCCCGCCGCGGCUGCCCACCCCCUAUGCGCCCGAGUCCUCGCCCCCGGCCGCCGCGCUGCCCCGGAGGUGCGCUGCUGAGACUGACCUUUGGCUUCGAGGAGCCGACGACGGCGCGGGGCGCACGGAUUGGGACCCGCGCUCGCAGGCCGCACUCUCGCUGCCGCACCUGCCCCGGGCGCGCACUGCCUACGGCUUCUGCGCGCUGCUCGAGAGCCCGCACACUCGCCGCAAGGAGUCGCUCUUCCUCGGGGGCCCGGGCUCCGUCGCGCUCCCGCCCGCGCCCCGUCCCCGGGCCCACACCUACGGGGGCGGCGGCGGAGACGCUCCCCUCGCUCCCGGGGCGAGAUCCCCCAUUGCGACCCCCGCAGCCCGCGGUGGCCCCAGCCCGUCCCUGGACACGCUCGCCCCGCCGCCCCGCUCCCGCCGCCUCCUACGCGCCCCGGAAGGGCUGCUGCGCCGAGCAUUGCGGGCCGGGAGGAGCCGAGGCCUGACCCGCGCCCGCUCCGUCUCCAGCGGGGACGGGGAAGAUGAUGACGAGGACGAAUGCCGCGCCAGCCCCGGGUCCCCGACGCAGGCCCCAGUCACAUCCCUUUCGCCGCAUCGCGACCCGCGUCCCGAGCGCCUGGAGGCCGAGGGCACCGUAACUCUGGGCCGCGCCGGGGGCGCCCUGAGCCUGGCCGCCGAAUACAAUCGGGCCAGCGGGCGCCUCCGUGUCCGGCUGCUCCGUGCCGAGGGCCCGGCUGGAGGAGCAGCCGAGCCCCGCGCCCCCGUAGGCUGCAGAGUCAGCUUCAUCCUGAAGCCGCGGGGCGCCGUGGUCCGGCGGAGCCGCAGGGCCGUCUUGGAGCAGGACUUGUGCUUGGACGGGCUCUCGGAGGACGAGGUGCGCCGCCUGGCCGUGCGCGUCAAGGCGGAGAACCGGGGCCGCGGGCUGGAGCGGGGCCGCCUGCUGGGCCAGGGCGAACUGCUGCUGGGCCCCCUCCUGCUCCUCUGAGGGCGCGCUCUGCCGCCGGGCCUCUCGGACACUGAAGCCACUGAUAUUGUACAAAAUAAACGUUAUUUAUUUAUUUUUCUAAUCAUGUUCUUGCUUUGUUGCCGUUUUAAUUCUUAGAUGUCCGAACUUGCCAUCGUUUAUUGGUAGGGAAGGAUAAAAUGAUGACUCCCUCCUCUAUUCAAAACACGCAAUCCUUUUUUCCAGCCCCCUCCCCCUCUUUUUUACCGUAAGAGAUUGGCUUGUGGCUGAACGAAAGGAAAAAGAACGACACUCCA